AUGGUGCUACACUUCCUCGUCGUUCUGGUGUUGGCUGCAGUCUCUCAUGCUGCAGCACUAGCUGUCAACUAUCCCAUCAACUCCCAGCUGCCACCGGUUGCGCGAAUCUCCCAACCUUUCCAAUUCGCCUUUGCAGAGGCCACUUUUUCUCACGCUGAUCCGGAUACCAAAUAUUCACUACGGGGAGCCCCGUCAUGGCUUCAACUUGAUAGUGCAAGUCGCACUUUUUCGGGCAUCCCAGAUUCGCAAGAUGGUGGCGCAAAGACAUUCGAGCUCGUAGCGUCAAACGGAGUGGACGCAGUGAGUAUGGAGGUCACGUUUGUCGUGACGUCCGACGCUGGACCGACCAUCGGCACGUCUCUGCUAUCUCAAUUGCAGACCGUCGGCCCUGUUUCGUAUCCAGCAACGCUUGAUAUGCUUCCCGGGCGCCCAUUCUCCAUUCAAUUCGAUGCAAGCACGUUCCACAACACUCACCCUUCCACGAUCUAUUACGGUACCUCGCCAAACAACGCUCCGCUGCCUUCGUGGAUCAGAUUUGACCCGGCGCUUCUGCGGUUCGCUGGGAUCACGCCUGCCUUUCCAGGGUCUGGUCCUCAGGUGUUUCCAUUUCAGCUGGUCGCUUCUGACGUGGCUGGAUUCAGCGCAGUGAAUCAGACCUUCGAGCUCUCCAUCGGGCCCCAUAUUCUCGCCUUUAAUGAGACAGUGCAAGCGUUCAAUCUGACCCGGGGAGAAUCAUUCCGCAGUCCCGGCUACCAAAGUUUCAUGACGCUCGACGGUUCGCCUGUCUCCCACGCAGACAUCGUUGCGGUGGACGCUCAAGUCCCGGACUGGUUGAGUCUUGACAAACAAUCCAUCUCACUGAUCGGUACGCCGCCCAAAGAUGCAGUGAAUCAGAACAUCACCAUCACCGUCACAGACAGCUAUCAUGACGAGGCCACACUUUUGGUCCGUCUAGAAUUCUUGGACCUUUUCUUGGAUACCAUCUCAGGCUGCAGGGCUUUCAUUGGACAAGACUUUUCAUAUGUCUUUAACCAAUCAGUCCUGACCGAAAAUUCGGUGCAACUUGACAUCGACCUUGGCAAUGACCUUUCGUGGCUUCAUUACAACCCGGCGAAUAAGACCAUCUAUGGACACGUGCCCUCUGAGAUCCAGCCUGAAACACUUAGUCUUCACUUACAGGCAUACCAAGGAUCUGUCAAGAGCGAGCGCGAUUUUCAGAUUCAAGUUCUGGCGCCGGUUGCGUCUCCCUCGGGGACUGUUGGCACCGACUCCAACACCGCCAGUCCCUCUUCGCAAAAGGCGGGCAUCAUCGCCAUCUCCGUUGUCAUCCCGGUGGCUGUCAUACUCAGCUCCAUCAUACUCUUCUGUUGCUGGCGUCGUCGAAGCAGGUCGACAACAACCGUCGAAGAUGGGAAAGAUCAUAAGGAGGGUAAAGCUGCUCCUCUUCCCCCACCUCCUCGUCCUGCCCGCCCUACCCUUCCCAGCUGCGAGCCCAAUGUGACAGAAACCCACCCGCAAAACGACCGUCCGGAUGGUUGGGAGGAGAGUCCCAUUUCGCCUGCCUCCGACCUGCCCAAGCUUGAACUCGGGCCUGCAUGGAAUGUGACUCCGUUCGACAACCCUGAGGAAAGUCUCAUGUUCAUUCCCGAACCCAGCCCGCCGCCUCGGUCGCCUAAGCGAAGUGCAUUUGUACCUCUUCGCGACCCUCCGCCCGAGGAAGACAAGCCGGUCACCAAGUCUCCCGCCCGAAAGCCGAACCAGCGCCUGUCCUUCACAGCUAGUCCUGGAACGCGACGCCGAACCAGCACCCGUUCGCGUCGCGAGCCGCUCAAACCGAUCCAAGCUCGAGCUCUGAAGCGGGAGUCGAUGCAGUCAUCCCGGUCAAAGCGGUUCUCCAGACGUUCCAGUGGAAUUUCAACGGUUGCGGCAGGUCUGCCGGUGAGAAUGAGCGGUGCCGGGCAUGGUGCCGGUGGGUUUGGGCCACCCGGGCAUGGUGUCGUGCGCAUGUCGUGGCAAACCACCAAAGGGUCUUUUAUGACCGAAGAUGGCGCUGUGGGCCCCAUUGUCCCGGCGUUCCCCCGAUCUGCCUUGGGUGCUGGGCGGGCUCGGUAUAGCAUGGUCGAAAGCAUUCCCGAAAAGUCCAAGCGGACCACCAUUCGCCCUGUCGAUCGUGAGGAAUCGCCCAUCUCCGAGGCCGACUCCCUCGAAGCAUUUGUCCACAGCCGAGCCAAACACCGCAACUCGUCCAACCCGCUGUUCUCCGCCCAGAUCAGCCGCCGGCCCUCUUCCGCGCUUCGAGCCCUCGAUCGAGCUCGCAGCCAACGCAGCCGUGCGGAUACUGUCUCCGUCUCGACGUUCAGUGAUGAGUACCGCCAAAGCAUCCGAGGCCGGCCCUAUUCCACCGCCAUGUCCGCGUCCGAGUAUGGGGAUGACAAUCGGAUAUCCCAAUACCAGCCAUUCCAUUACUCCACCGGUCUCUUCCCGCUUGCCGAGGGUGUCGGACACAGUCAGAGUCAACUGACUUUGGCGCAAGACUACCGGGGUGCCAUCUCACCACUUCCUCGAUUCUGGAGUGAAAACAGUCUCAGCAGUGCUCGCCAUCUGGAAUCCGACGGUCAUCCGAAAGAACCGUCGGUGCCGCGCGUGAAUCUGGCUUCCACUGUCAUCGCCAGUUCCUCCAUGAUGUCUGAUCUGGCCGAGCAUCUGUCCCGCAAAGCAUCUCCCGGAACGACUGCCCCUGCUUCUGGACUCGAGCCCCCGGCCAUGAACGCCGAAAGCUCUCGCGGAUUACCGAUUGCCAGCAGUGGUGAGCUGGCCUUUGUUUGA